AUGUCUCGGUCGCAGAUGGAGGGACUAUCGGCACUCCCGCUGCCAUUGAAGCAUGGAAGUCCCUUAUCUUCUUCGGGGGACGAAGCGCCGGCCUUGGAGGUUAUCCCAGCAAAGAAGAUCCAGCUGAAGGAGUUCCAGGCAUUCUCAGGUAGUGAGGGCAAGUUGGGCGAGGGCUUCGCAGGGUAA